AUGUGUGCCACGCAACUGUCUCGAAAUGGUGCACCUGAGCGUUUCACACGGCGCGGAUCGCAAUGUGAUUACCUCCUUGAGAUGGAAAAUGGGGAUCAGCGAAUACUGAACAAGUCUGACGCCCUCACACCCGACACGAAACCAUCCACGGGAGAGGAAUCUGGGGAACAGAACGAGACCAAUUUAGCGCAGCCAAGCUUUUCAACCGGAGAGUGGGCGAUUGUCAAACCGAAACGUGGGAAAGAGAUCGACAAGACCAGUUGGUCAUGUACUUAUGACUUGCGUGCUUUGCAACCCCGCCUUACAAUUGAGACCAUUACGCAAGCUCGUUGGUGGAGAGUUUUUAUCGGAACUGGAGGAAUGGUCUGGGUCUGGAUCCCGGGUAGUCAGAGAGAGUGUGUGGAGCAGAGGUUGAGUUGA